AUGCCCUGCCCACCGCACCAGAUCGCGUGCGGCCCAUGUGGUUGGGAGCUUGGUACGCCGAGGCUGUUCCAGUUCCCUCUUCCUGAUCCUUUCUCCGCAUGCCUGCCCGCCUGUGCUACGGCGUCACCUCCGCCUCCGCCUUGGGUAAGCCCAGCAGCUGGCCUGGCUGGGCGGACUGGCCGGAAGCCAGAGGAGGAAGAGGAGGAUGAACCGCAGCAGUGGCAGCAGCAGCAGCACGACAUAGGCUGCUGUGCCGCCUCAGCUGCAUGUGCCACACAAGGUCUACGACUGCUCACCUCGGUCGCCCUCGUCAUCCUCCUCCUCUGGGCGACCCUCCCCUACGACAAUGCACUCCGCUUAUCCGCUCGGUUCAACACCCACCGACUUGUCACUUUCCUCAGAGGUCCCCUGAGAAACGAGCGCUGGCUGUAUGAGCCGCCCGCGUUCCCGUUGGACUGGUCCCGCGACGUAGCCAUCAUCUUGAAAACGGGAUACGGGACGCAAGAGAGGGCCCUGGCGUGGAUCGAGGCCCUGGCGACUGGGAUCAGCCCAGAGAAUGUCAUCAUCGUAGGUGACUUCGGUGUCGAGCUGGCGACGAGGGACGGUGCCCGGUCUGGAUUGAAGGUUCAUGAUGUAAUUGCGAGGUUCGUGGACGAGAGGCUGGCAGUGCACGAGGAUGCUCGCUACCCUCGUCUUGAGAAGUACAUGAACUUGAAAGCGGCUAUCUCCGCAGGCGAAGACGAGUUGGCGCGAGAUUACUCGAGCUCGUUCGGCUGGGAGCUGGACGCCAUGAAGUUCAUGCCCAGUCUCGAGUUGGCUUACCGUGCUAUGCCAGAUAAAAAGUGGUUCAUCCUUGUCGACGACGAUACGUACCUCAUCUACCCGUCGCUCAACUUCAUCCUCGGCCAUUUCGAUCCAUCCAUAGCACACUACCUCGGCAACGCAGUAGGCGACUACCGCCAACGCUUCGCCCACGGCGGCUCCUCCAUCGCCCUCUCCCGCGCAACAAUGCAGGCGCUCUUCGCCCCGAGCAACCACCACACCAUCGCCAAGGCGCGCCGCGCCUCCCUGACCGAGACGUGGGGCGACCGCCUGCUGUCUGACGCGCUCCUGCGCCUCGGCGUGUCCGUCGACGAGGACGCCAGCCGCUUCUUCAACGGCGAGCAGCCUUGGGCGUCGCGUCUGCGCGCCGACCGCUUCUGCGCCCCCGUGGCGACGUUCCACCGGCUCUCAAGGACCGAGAUGGCGACCGUGGGGAGCACAUUCAGGGAUGCUGUUGAUCCGGUGCUGUGGGUUGACCUGUGGGAGGUGUAUGCUCUGCGUGGGCGGCAGCAGGACCGUGCGGCGGAUGCGCGUCCUUCUGUGAGCCGUGGUUCCUCGUCUGGGGUGUCCGAGGAGAUGCCUGGGCGGGUCGGAUGGGAUCAUGUAGGAGUGUUGGACGAGCACACGCAGACAUUUGUGGACGUGAAGACUGCGCUUGUCUGUUCUGGUCACUGUGUAUCCAGUCAUAAGUGUAUGGCUUGGGCCUGGGACGAAGGCAAAGGGCUUUGUCAUCUCAGUCCAUGGGUGACUGUAGGCAAGGAGGCAGCAGGCAUGGUGUCGGGACCAAAUGUGGACAGGGUCAGGGCCCUGGCUGAUGAGUGUCGCUAG